AUGCAACAAGCUAGUCCUUUAGCAUGGAAUACAUUUGAUACGAGUAAUGUUCACAACGGCAUUGAAUUACAACAACGACAAGAAUAUCAACAACAAAGACUGUUGAACAGUAUUCAAUCAUUGUAUAACCAUAGUAAUAAUAAUAAUAAUAAUAAUAAUAAUAAUAAUAAUAAUAAUGCUAUGGAAUUGGAUUCAUUUCAAUCAAAUACAUCAACUAUGGAUAUUGACAAUCAUAUGUCUGCAUUACCGUUUAAUCAAUUCAUCAGUAAUAUACCGAAUUUAUUGAAUACUAUCAGUAAUAAUAAUAAUAAUAAUAAUUUGGAAAGAAAUAUCAUGCCAUCUUUAACUAUGACAUCGUUAUCCACAUCACCUUCAACGGUAUACACAUCGCCAUCGUCAACAACAACAUCGUCCUCUUCUACAAUCAACACUGCAAUUCCAUCGAUGUCAAUGAAUCCACACAGUACAGCCAGUAGUACAGCAGCAGCAGCGGCUGCUGUAGCUGCAGCCGCUGCAUGGUAUCCUUUAAGUUUAGCAAUGGAUGAAAUGGCUCAAAGUUUAAGUGAGUAA